GCAGGUGGCACACGUUCGCGGUUCGUCGCAGUUUCUGCGGGUGUCUCGUCGUGGUUUUUCAGUCACCGAAAAAGUUUAAUAGAAAUAACUAAGGGAAAUAUGGAAUAUUCCAUAUAAGAAUAAAUAAACCAUUGUGUGUGUGUGUGUGCAUAAAUAUAUGUAAAUACCAUACAGUUCUCACUAAGCCCCCCGACAUGGAGCCGAAGCUGUGAACUCAAAACUUUGAACUCGGCGGAGUUGUGAACCCGUGGACCCAGUACAUGGAAUAUUAAUUACGGCCCGGCUUUUUGUUAAGUGAAUUUUCUGUAAAUCAAAAACCCAGCAUGGGCCGCAAAAAGAGGCUGCCAACGGGCGUAUCGUCUGGUGGCAACAACACCGCCGCCCCCAAAACGGUGGGCGGGUUCUGUGUGCCGCUGGGAUUACCGCAACCUUUGCUGCUCGAGGAGAAGAAGUUCCUGCUGGCGGUGGAGCGCGGCGAUAUGCCAAACGUGCGCAGGAUUCUGCAGAAGGCGCUGCGCCAUCAGCACAUCAACAUCAACUGCAUGGACCCCUUGGGCCGGAGGGCUCUCACCCUGGCGAUAGACAACGAGAACCUGGAGAUGGUCGAGCUGCUUGUCAUCAUGGGUGUGGAGACAAAGGAUGCCCUGCUGCAUGCCAUCAAUGCGGAGUUCGUUGAGGCCGUGGAACUCCUGCUCGAGCACGAGGAGCUAAUCUACAAGGAGGGCGAGCUCUAUAGUUGGCAGAAAGUAGACAUUAAUACGGCAAUGUUUGCUCCGGAUAUUACACCCCUGAUGUUGGCCGCUCACAAAAACAAUUUCGAAAUCCUGCGAAUUCUGCUAGAUCGCGGAGCAGCUGUUCCCGUUCCACAUGAUAUACGUUGCGGUUGUGAGGAGUGCGUCCGCCUGACCGCGGAGGAUUCCCUGCGGCACUCCCUCUCUCGGGUUAAUAUAUACCGAGCUCUGUGCAGUCCCUCGCUGAUCUGCCUUACCUCCAAUGACCCCAUACUCACCGCCUUCCAGCUGUCCUGGGAGCUCCGGAAUCUGGCCUUGACCGAGCAGGAGUGCAAGUCGGAGUACAUGGAGCUGCGGCGCCAGUGCCAGAAGUUCGCCGUGGACCUCCUAGAUCAGACACGCACCUCCAACGAGCUGGCCAUCAUCUUGAACUACGAUCCGCAGAUGUCUAGCUAUGAGCCCGGCGACCGGAUGAGUCUCACGCGGCUGGUUCAGGCCAUUUCCUACAAGCAAAAAAAGUUCGUGGCGCACUCGAAUAUUCAGCAAUUACUGUCCUCGAUUUGGUAUGACGGCCUGCCAGGAUUCCGGCGAAAGAGCAUCGUGGACAAAAUCCUGUGCAUCAGCCAGGUGGCAGUCCUGUUCCCGCUGUACUGCCUCAUCUAUAUGUUCGCCCCCAAUUGCAGGACGGGCCAGUUGAUGCGCAAGCCCUUUAUGAAAUUCCUCGUCCAUGCCUCGUCCUAUUUGUUCUUCCUGUUCAUCUUAAUUCUGGUCUCCCAACGGGCGGACGAUGACUUUGUGCGCAUCUUCGGCACGGCCAGGAUGAAGAAGGAGCUGGCCGAGCAGGAGCUGCGUCAGCGUGGCCAGGCGCCCACCAAGCUGGAGCUGGUCGUUGUCCUCUAUGUGAUUGGCUUUAUGUGGGAGGAGGUGCAGGAGAUAUUUGCCGUUGGCAUGAAGAGUUAUUUGCGGAACAUGUGGAACUUUAUCGACUUUCUGCGCAACACUCUCUACGUGAGUGUCAUGUGUUUGAGAGCCUUUGCCUACAUCCAACAGGCCACGGAAAUAGCCAGGGAUCCGCAGAUGGCUUACAUACCCCGCGAAAAGUGGCACGACUUUGAUCCGCAGCUCAUUGCCGAAGGACUCUUUGCGGCGGCCAAUGUCUUUUCGGCCCUCAAGUUGGUCCACCUGUUUAGCAUCAACCCACACCUGGGUCCGCUGCAGAUCUCUCUUGGAAGGAUGGUCAUCGACAUUGUCAAGUUCUUCUUCAUCUACACCUUGGUACUGUUCGCCUUCGCCUGUGGCCUGAACCAGCUGCUCUGGUACUUUGCGGCCCUGGAGAAGAGCAAGUGCUAUGUGCUGCCCGGUGGAGAGGCGGACUGGGGUUCGCACGGCGACUCCUGCAUGAAGUGGCGUCGCUUUGGCAAUCUGUUCGAGUCCUCGCAGUCGCUGUUCUGGGCCAGCUUCGGGAUGGUCGGACUGGACGACUUCGAGCUGAGCGGUAUUAAGUCGUACACGCGCUUCUGGGGCCUGCUUAUGUUCGGCUCGUACAGCGUCAUCAACGUGAUUGUGCUGCUGAAUCUGCUCAUCGCCAUGAUGUCCAACUCGUACGCCAUGAUUGAUGAGCACUCGGACACCGAGUGGAAGUUCGCCCGCACCAAGCUGUGGAUGAGUUACUUCGAGGACAGCGCCACCCUGCCGCCGCCUUUUAAUGUCCUGCCCUCGGUGAAGUGGCUCAUCAGGAUGUUCCGCAAGUCCAGCAAGGCCAUCGAUCGCCAGCGCUCCAAGAAGAGGCAGGAGCAGGAGCAAUUCAACAAGUACGACAACAUUAUGAGAUCCCUGGUCUGGCGAUAUGUGGCUGCCAUGCAUCGCAAGUUUGAAAAUAAUCCCGUCUCCGAGGAUGACAUCAAUGAGGUCAAGAGCGAAAUCAACACAAUGCGCUACGAGAUGCUGGAGAUCUUCGAAAACAGUGGCAUGGAUGUCUCCUCAGCCAACAAAAAGGAAAGGCAGCCGCGACCACGACGCAUCAAGGUCUGGGAACGGCGUCUGAUGAAGGGCUUCCAGGUGGCGCCAGUGCAGAACAACUGCGAACAGGAUGCCUUUGGAAAUGUCAAUGGACAGGGCGAAAUGCGGGAGAUCAAGGUGGAAUCUAUACCCUCCAAGCCAGCUAAGGAGACAGCCAAAGAACGCUUCCAGCGGGUGGCACGCACAGUGCUGCUCCAGUCCACGGCCCACAAGUGGAACGUGGUGCUUCGAGCUGCGCAGGACUCGCAGAUAGGACGCUGCACCAAGGAAGAGCGCAAAAGCCUGCAGCAUUUGGGAAGAGCCAUCGAGGAGGCCAAGAGACUCAUCCUGCUCAAUCCGGGCUGUGCUUCCGGCCGGGAGUCGCCCAUACGCAUUGAGUUUGAGGAUGAGAAGACCAGCACCUUACUAGAGCUGCUCAACCAAAUCAGUGCAGAAAUCAGCGACAACGAGAGACCUAGGAACAAGCCCACCUGGCGGCCUCCAUUGAGAACAGUUCCUGCUCGGGCCAUGGCGGCCAACAACACCAGAUCUCUGACAGCUCCCGAGCUGAAGUUUGUUAGCCGGAAAGCCUCGCCAGCCCCCACUCCGGGCGCCAGUCCCAAACAGAAUCGGGUGUCCCAGCUGGCCAGGUCACGGGAGCUGCUCUUGUGUCCUAGCAAACUGAUAGCCACCUCGGGAGCUGGUCCAAGCACUUCCAAUGCUGCCUCAGCUGCUGCUCCUCAACCCAAAAAAGCGGCACCUACAGCUCCAAGUGCUGCUCCUCCGCCAGUUUACAAGCCCUCCUCGAGGCCGGCACCCUUCUCCGUGGAGAGUCGCCUCCGGGGAAAUGGUGUGCCUACCGGUAAUUCCGGCUACGACAUACACGUGGUGGAUCUGAACGAGAAGGCUGCUGCGGGGACCAAGGAUAAUGUCUCCGAUAUAAGCUCCAUUGCCAGCACGAGUCCCCAGCGGCCAAGGCAUCGAAACUAAAUGUGAUUGUGGCAUGGAUACCGGCGAUAAGUCUCCAUUGAUGCCUUCCAGAAAGCUAUAACCUGUAUUUAUCUACAAAACAAGGAAUAAAACUAUUUAGGUAAAUUAA